CACAGCUUAGUCUUCCAUUUGAUUUGAUAAAAUCGUAUUAAAUUUUCAAUAAGUUUGAAUAUGCCCAACUCAAGUUACUCUGAAUUGUAGAAAUGAAACAUUAUUGUUCAACCUUAAUAACAGCUACAAAACCCAGAAGACCGUCAAAUUCGAGUCUCCAGCUGCUGAGUCUGGUGGAUUCUUGUAAGUCCAUGAACCAAAUCAAGCAAACCCAUGCCCAAUUGAUCACCACUGGUCUUGUCCUUCACCCUAUACCUGCAAGUAGACUUGUGAAAAUCCUAGCACUCUCAAGCAAAGCUUCCCUUACCUAUGCCCAUUUGGUAUUCGAUCAAAUUCCUUCACGGGACCUCUUUAUAUAUAACACCAUGAUCAAAGCUCAUGCCUCCACACCCCAUUAUUCUUGUGAUUCUCUCUUAUUGUUCCGAUCGUUGCUCCGAGAUUCUGGCCUUCUUCCCAAUGAGUACACCUUUGUUUUUGCUCUCAAGUCUUGUUCUAAUGGAUUAGGAGUUACUGCAGGUGAACAAACUCGAGUUCACGCAAUCAAACUUGGGCUCGAGAGUAAUGUUUUUGUUACUAAUGCUUUGAUCCAGAUGUAUGCAAAAUGUGGUUCAAUAGAUGACGCGAGGAAGGUUUUUGAUUGGAGUGUCAAUCGGGACCUGUAUUCUUGGAAUUUGAUGAUCGAUGGGUAUGUGAUAUCCGUCAACAUGGAUCGUGCUAUGGAGUUGUUCGAUGUAAUGCCUCAAAGAGAUGUUGUCUCUUGGAGCACGGUGCUUUCUGGUUACGUACAGGUGGGCUGUUUCAUGGAGGCUAUGGAGCUCUUUUGCAAGAUGCUGCAGACAGGACCAUCCCCCAAUGAGUUUACUCUUGCUAGUGCUCUUGCAGCUUGUGCUAACUUGGUUGCACUGGACCAGGGAAGGUGGAUCCAUGCAUACAUUGACAAAGUUGGGAUCAAGAUGAAUGAGCAGAUGCUUGCUAGCCUCAUUGACAUGUACGCAAAAUGCGGAGAGAUAGAGUUUGCAUCCAAGGUUUUCUACAAUGAAGCUUGUCCAAAGCAAACAGUUUGGCCAUGGAAUGCCAUGAUUUCUGGGUUUGCAAUUCAUGGCCGGUCUGAGGAAGCGAUCAACGUAUUUGAACAGAUGAAGAUGACAAGUGUAGCUCCUAACAAGGUCUCAUUUAUUGCCUUGUUACAUGCUUGCAGCCAUGGAAGAUUGGUAGAGGAGGGAAAACGGUAUUUCAAAUCGAUGGAAAGUUCUUAUGGGGUUGAGCCAGAAAUAGAACAUUAUGGGUGCAUGGUGGAUCUUCUGGGCCGUGCUGGGCUCCUUAAGGAGGCAGAGGACUUCAUAUUAACAAUGCCAAUGGCUCCAGAUACUAUCACAUGGGGAGCACUACUCGGAGCCUGUCGAGUUCAUGGAAAUACAGAAAUGGGAGAUAGGAUUGGGAAGAUCAUUAGAGAACUAGAUCCUAACCACAUGGGUUGUCAUGUUCUUCUCGCUAACAUGUAUUCUACAUCUGGGAGAUGGAAUGAAGCAAAGCUUGUGAGGGAGAAAAUUGAAAUUGGUGGCACGAAGAAGACCCCUGGUUGCAGCUCGAUUGAAUUGAAUGGGUUGUUCCAUCAGUUCCUUGUGGGGGAUAGGUCUCACCCCCAAACGAAGCAGAUCUAUUCAUUCUUGGAUGAGAUGACUACAAAGUUGAAGAUUGCUGGAUAUGUGCCAGAAAUAAGAGAAGUAUUGCUCGAUAUUGAUGAUGAGGAAGACAAAGAGACUGCUCUAUCAAGGCACAGUGAGAAGUUAGCAAUUGCGUUUGGAUUGAUCAACACAGAACCUGGAACCACAAUACGUAUAGUAAAGAAUUUAAGAGUUUGUGGGGAUUGCCAUGAGGCCACUAAGUACAUUUCUAAGGUUUAUGAUCGGGAAAUUAUUGUCAGGGACAGGAUUAGGUUUCACCAUUUCAGAGGUGGACUUUGUUCUUGUAAAGAUUAUUGGUAGUCAUGAAGAUC